CUUAGGUGUCGUUGUUUUGUUGUGGUUUGUUUACAUUUUAAAGGUUUGUUUACGGAUAAACAACAAUGUCUUGGGUUGAAUGUUGUUCGUCGAAGUUAUUGCCAAUCCUUUACCAGAACAUUGCUGAGAUGUGGGACAUGAGACAACUAUGCGAUGUUGAAAUCCAAGGCUGUGAUGGCAAAUCGGUUGGAGCUCAUCGUCUUGUACUUUCGGCCAUAAGCCCUUACUUUCGUAGCAUGUUUACAGGCGAUUUGUGCGAAAGCCGGCAGAAAGUCAUAAAAAUGGAGAACAUUGAAGGAGACAUCUUAGCAACACUUGUUAGAUUUGCUUAUUCAUCGAAACUUGAAAUAAAUAACGCAAAUGUUGAAGGCCUUUUAGCUGCUUCUAAUCUACUUCAAAUUAAAGAGGUCGAAAAAAUGUGCUGUGACUACCUACAAGCUCAACUGCAUUCAUCCAAUUGUCUUGGAAUAUGGGCCUUAGCUGAACACCACCAUUGUCGGGAGUUGUCAGCUUAUACUUUUAAGUUCAUCUUAAAAAUUUUUUCCAUGGUUUGUCGAGAUGAAGAAUUUUGUUGUUUGUCUUUGAAGGAUGUUAAAAUUAUCUUGAAUGAUCCAAAUUUAUCUAUAAACUCAGAGGAAGAAGUUUUUGAAGCUGGUUUAAGGUGGAUUGAGUCAAGUGGCAAGCACGAGGUGUACUUACCAGAGAUCUUGGGCUGCGUUCGUUUAGGGUCGUUAACACCGAACUAUCUCAGGGAAACUGUUUUGACUAGCAGUCAUGUUAAGGAAAACUUAGUUUGCCGGGAAGUUGUUGAAAGUGCAUUAGAGUUUGCUUUAUCACCUCUGUCUGAGAAGCAGAAAACUACAGGGGUAUUAUCUCACAAUGCUUCUCGGAUUGCGGAAGGUUACGGGGAUGAGUUGCUCGCAAUGGGUGGGUUGAAUGGCAGUGAUGCUGUUGGCACUGUUGAGAAGUACAACAUGUACACAGACUCGUGGGAAGUUGCAUCGGACAUGCCGACAAGCAGAUAUGGUGUUGCCAUAGCGAAGUUACAUGGUACAGUUUACUGCUUGGGUGGGUGUACAUCAGGGAUAUUUUUGGAUAUUGGGGAAUGUUAUGAUACAGAACUGGACACCUGGCAGAGUAUGAGUUCCAUGUCCCGACCUCGGAAGUACCUUGGUGCAGCUCAGUCCCACAAUAGGAUUUUUGCAAUUGGAGGAACCGACGGUUAUACUAAGCAGAGUUCUGUUGAGAACUUUGACCCAAAUAGAAACGAAUGGAUACCCUGUGCACCAAUGGAAAUGCCUCGCAUGUAUGUUGGCACAGCAACCAUUGGAGGGUUAAUUUAUGCAGUUGGCGGACAUGAUGGCGUCAAGAGGUUGAAAAGUGUUGAGUGUUAUGAUGUUGUUAAUGAUUGUUGGUUGCCAGUUAGUCCAAUGGGUAGGUAUAUUAAUAGAAUUCACAAACUAUUUCAAAAAAUAAUUAGUAGAUAAUUGGUUAGUUUUCAUGUUUAUGUUAUAGACAGUGAGAGGUCAGUAGCUGGGGUUACAGCAAUGGAUAAUGUUAUGUACUGUGUUGGAGGAUUUGACGGAUCUUCUCAUCUCAAGGAUGCUUGCAUGUAUGACCCACGCAUUGACAAAUGGAUGGCAAUUGCUAAUAUGAGUCAACCCAGGUAUCACUGAAAGAUUCAUUGUGUUUUGUGAGAUUCACCCCCCUCCCCCUAAACCAAAAGGAAAUUUGAACAAGAGUGGCUCAGUCCCCUUCAGCUCCACAUCCACCAUGUCUACACCCCAGCUUCUUUUGUUUCAAAUAGUUCCUUUGUAUUCUUUUCAGAUCUUCAUCGUGCUUGGUGGCCAUGAAAGGUCGACUGUACGUUCUUGGUGGAUUUAACGGUCAAUUCCUCCAAUCCGUCGAAAUGUACGAUCCCAAAGCUAAUUCCUGGGAACUAGUGGCAGAUAUGACAAUAACUCGGGUGCAUUUUGGUGCUUCUGUUGUGUGAAAUGUACAGUACAUGUAGCAUUUAGUAUUGACUGGCUGCAGGGUGCGAUAAUCCACGUACCGGUACUUGCUUUCGUGUGCAUGCGUACCAUAUGAGGUACGCCAAUAUUACGGUCUGGUACUUCUUGGCUUGGCACCAAGUACCACGUCGGCACGCGGAAUUCGCAUUAUCUGCGUACUUACAUCUUGCUGGUACCAUAUGACCAGCACUAUGUGACUAUGUACAUGUGGAGUCUUAACUUUGUAUCAGAUUGAGUACGCGGUACCAGUACCAGUGAGGUACAACUAAGAAUCUUGAAUUAUCGCACCCUGUGGCAUCAAAAUAGUAUCUAGACCUGGAAAACAGUGGGACCUCGGAAUCCUGAAUGCUGAGAAACAUUUUCAAUUACUCACGCAAGUCAUGAUUUACCAUGAGGGGAUCACACAGAAUCAUACUUCAUAUACACAAAUAUAUAAAAUAUAUCUAAAUGUGUAAAGGUGGACGGCUGCAUGUCAAUCUUAUCUCGUGAAUAAGCGCACAAUAAAAAUCAAUUAUUUGUACGUUGAUUAAUUAAAGAAAUGAAC